AUGGACGUAUUUUGGACUAUCCACUCGAGUCUUCUCUUCUACAUCAACAUCGUUGGUAUUACAGUUUACCAAAAGUAUACCGCUAAAGGUUUCGUCGAUUUCAUCAACAGUUUAUUCAAUAUCUUUGGCGUUACUCUGAUCUCUGUUAACAGUUGGUGGAUACUUAAAAAAAGGAAUGCAUUCAACGAUUUACUGGGAGUUGUGAAAAAAAAUGACGAUCUCAUAAUAGAAACGGGCUCAUGCAGUGAAAUACACAAGAGAAUGUUGAGCAGCAUUAAGAUUAUUCUGAUUAUGUGCUAUGUUUUCCAUUUCAUUAACGAAAUCAUGAUCUUUUUGCCUUUCCGAGUAUUCAGAAUGGAUGAUUUCUCCAUGGCCUCUUGUGUUGGUUUAGAACAACUCGGUAUAAGCCGAAACCGUGAGGUCUGUAUGGGGAUAUUGACAGUAAGUAUUUUUACAGCAGUUACGGUUAUAUGUAGUUACGACCUCUCGUUGCUGUUCCUGUUCUCUCACACCACUGCAGUGUUUCAAAUUCUUUUUGAAGAAAUGAUGAAUCUAAACGACAUGACACAAUCUUGUCAAAAUUCCGAUGAAGAUUAUGACCUAAUUGUAGCACGAUUAAAAAACGUCAUUGUUAGACAUAUGCUAGCUUUGCAAACUGUUGAGAAAGUGGAAGAUAUCUUCAGUGUCAGCAUAGGCAUAUGUAUCAGUUUGGACACCAUAUCGCUUUGUUUAUUUUUUGUGUUGCCACUAGACAGCUGUACGCACUUUGCUCCGAUGAUUUGCCAUAGCCUUUUCAUAUUCUUCUUGUACUGCUGUCAAGGACAGAGACUUACAACAGCGUCGGAAAAGUUUGAGAUGGCGGUGUACUGCUGCGGAUGGGAGAAUUUGCGAGUGAAAGAGAGAAAGCAGGUGCUGCUGAUGUUGAAAAAAGCGCAGAAGCCGGUCAUAGUAUACGCUGCGCGAGUUAUUCCAAUACGCUUAAGUACCUUCGCGACCGCCAUGCAGUCUAUUUAUAAGUUUGUCACUGUAUUUAAGGUGUAGAACGCGACAUUUGUUAAGAUUUCAGUCUUUGGUCUGUAGUACAAGCACUCUAUUUUAAUUUGCAAUAACAUGGUCAGUUAGUAAGUCUCACUUAACAGCGGUGGUAGAAAUAGCAAGUAUUAAUAAAAAAUAAACUGUU